AUGGAUAUUCCAGAGAAGAUGGACCAAUCGAAUCAAGGCUCGAGCUCAUCUUUUUCAAAUAAGCGAAAAAGGGGCCGUCCUCGCAGAGAUGAAGGCCAGACUCAGCAACAAGUGAGGCCACCUGUUACUACUACGAUUGAUGAUAAUCUGAUUGGUCAAGUUGUUUCUGGUGUGGUUGAAGGUUCUUUCGAGGCAGGAUAUUUCCUCAAUGUAAUGGUCGCUGCUUCGCAGAGGCAAUUGAAAGGCGUUGUUUUCUUACCAGAUAAAGUCAAUCCAGUUACCCCAAUGACUGAUUUGUUUCCCCAAGCCAAGAUGUAUGCAAGACAAGAUAUCCCAUUUCCAUCUUUUAACCAACAAACUCCACCGCAGGGGAAUAAAGACACUGGGAAACAAACUGAUGACAACGGUUCUGAACCUCAAACAGAUAACUUGAUCGCUGAUAAAAACCAAUCUGCUAUGCUGCUCGAUAAUCAUCCAAUAGGCGAUGCUGGUUUUGGUUCUGGGACUAUUGAUGAGAGUAAUCUUGCUACUGAUACACAGAUGAAAGAUGUUGGUGGAUCUUUUGCAGAGGAGAAACUCACUGAACCUGUAGGCCAAACCCUUUCUCUGAUGCCGCAGUUUGCUAGUGAUGAUAUACCCAAAGAGGAUCAUACUGUCCAGAGAUCUGAAGCUUGUGCAGCAACACCUGAAACGAGUCAAAAGCAGGCCGUGGGAUCCAGCUCUACGCUGAGCCUCGAACUCUUUCAGAAUGAGACUAAGCGACCGAGAAAUGAGGAGGAUGCAGAUGGUGAAACUCAUGGAGUGGAGGAAAAGCUGGCUUCUCCCUUUGAUGAUGUGCCGGAGGAGCUUCAGCUAGAGCUUGGCAACAAGAAAAUGAGUGCUUCAGCCAUUGCUAGUCAAGCAAAUCCUGAUCAGCCUGCUUCAUCAAAGAGUGGGUUCUUGGCGAAUUUGUUUGAGAGAAGAGAAGAAACGGCGAAAGAAGCAGUCGAAAGUAAUGCAGGUUCAGAGAGUGGCUUCCCAGAGGCAACAACACAAGUAGGUGUUAAAGAUUCUUGA